ACCUGCAGCAAAGUGCCCUGGACUGUGGAGAAUGUGGUUAGGAAAUGUGUGUGUGUGCUUCUGAACUCUGAGUGGCUCUCCCUUCUGUAACCUUCGCCUCCCACUGGGUGGAGUAGAGCCUUUAAUAGCAGCUGGAAUGCAGUUCCCCUGAUCAGCUUGGCCAGUUGUUGCCUGGCUGAACCUCUGCCACUCCUGGAGAGUGAGUGGUGCUCAGAGCUCAAACCAGCGGAGACAACUUCUGUAUCCUCACCACUGCCCCCGCUGCUCUCCACGCAAGAAGCUCCCGGCACUGAAGCAACCAUGGCAGAGGAUGCCACACAAGCUGAAAAGUUCCAGCAUACGAACGCUGACAUGCUCCAGGAAAAGCCAUCCAGCCCCAGCCCCAUGCCUUCCUCGACGCCAAGCCCCAGCCUGAAUCUAGGGAGCACAGACGAGGCCAUCCGGGACAACUCCCAAGUGAAUGCUGUCACAGUGCACACGCUCCUAGACAAGCUGGUGAACAUGCUAGACACCGUGCAAGAGAAUCAGCGUAAGAUGGAGCAGCGGCAGAUCAGCCUGGAGGGCUCGGUGAAGGGCAUCCAGAACGACCUCACCAAGCUCUCCAAGUACCAGGCCUCCACCAGCAACACCGUGAGCAAGCUGCUGGAGAAGUCUCGCAAAGUCAGCGCCCACACGCGGGCUGUCAAGGAACGCCUGGAGAGACAGUGCGCUCAGGUGAAGAGACUGGAAAACAACCAUGCCCAGCUCCUGAGACGCAAUCAUUUCAAAGUGCUCAUCUUCCAGGAAGAAAAUGAGAUCCCUGCCAAUGUGUUUGUAAAAGAGCCGGUUUCCAGCCCGGCGGAAGGAAAGGAGGAGCUCGCAGACGAAAACAAGUCCCUGGAGGAAACGCUGCACGCGGUGGACCUCUCCUCGGAUGAUGAAUUGGCCCAUGAGGAGGCGGCGCUGGAAGACAGCGCAGAGGAGAAGACCGAAGAAAGUAGGGCAGAGAAAAUCAAAAGAUCCGGCCUCAGGAAGGUAGAUAGCCUCAAGAAAGCAUUUUCUCGCCAGAACAUCGAGAAAAAGAUGAACAAGCUAGGGACAAAGAUCGUAUCCGUAGAGAGGAGAGAGAAAAUUAAGAAAUCUCUCACUUCCAAUCACCAGAAAACAUCCUCAGGGAAAAGCUCCCCCUUCACUUUCGGGAGGAAGAAAGUCAGGGAAGGAGAAAGCCCGGUGGAAAAUGACAGCAAGUCAGAAGACUUGGCAAGCAAUGAGCAGUUACCCAAUGACCACGAGGAGAGCUCUUUUACAGAGGGCCUUUCUGAAGCCUCUCUCCACAGCCCCCUGGCAGAGGGGAAGAACACAGGAGACCCCGAAAAGACGGCCUUGAUGGGGAGUAAGUCAGGAACCGACAGCAACAUCAACUUGACCAUUAUGGAAGAUGAAGAAGAGGAAUCGGUGGCCUUGGAACAGGCACACAGGGUGCGCCAUGAGGGUGGCUAUUCUCUAGCUUCUGAAGAAACAGAGCGGUCAGAGGAGGAACCCGUGCAGCCCGCUGUCCUCCAGGUGAACCAGACCACCUGAGCGCAGAAACCAUGCGCCCAGCCCAGCCCCUGCUUUCGUGCAAGGGGCAGCCAUCGCCUAGAAACGAAUUUCUCCCCAAGUCCAGCACUGCCCACUCACUCUCUCACUGACCAAGCAGUAAUCAUGAUCCAUGUAGCAGCACCCUACACAGAAGAAUCAAGAGCACAUCUGUCAGGGGCUCCACUUUAAAUUUGCAUUCGAUGUUUCUAUAGAGUUUAUCCAAAAUUACCAGGAAGGGGGAGGGAGGGGAUGGAGCAGUUGGAAAGCACUGAUCCCUUUGGCUUAGUAAGAAAAUCUAGAGGACACUUAAGAUAGUCAUCAUGAAAUGAAGUCAUACACACACACACACACACACUUAUGCUACUCCAUUCACUUGCUGAAUACUGUAAGUGAAUUAGUGAACUUUUACAGUACUCUGUGAACUCUUACUCCCUAUGUGUGAGCUAUAUAAUAUACGUAAGUAUGUAAGCUAAAGACAUAACCAUAUAUGUUAAGAUUACCAUUUUCAAAAAGUAGAAGAGAAUGAUUUCACUUAGUAGAAGCCAUUGUUUUAUUUCAUAGAAAUUAGAACACUAUGAUAAGUAAUGAUACAAGCUAUUAAUUGAGUAAAGUCCAGUCUAUUAGAACAGAAAAGUAACAUGCAAAAGUUGACAAAUAGGAGAAAUGAGGAACAAAGAACAUCAGAGAAUGAAGUCAAAAGGAAAAUAAUAAGUGCUUACAAGUGAAAUAUUUUCAAUAUUAAGCUUAAGCUUGCCUAUGUAAAUCUUUAAAGAAUAUAAAGAAGUUCAUAUAUCCUAGACUAGCAUGUUUUAUCUCUAACAUUUUUAUUUUUAAUGUUUUAAUAUUAUUUUAAUAGCAUAGCAUUUUAUAGUGCUAAAGCUGCAUUGUUCUUAAUAAGUGCAUCACAAAAGUUUUCUUUAAGUUCAAAAGAAUGUUGUCUUUUUAACACUGGGAUGAGCAUAAAUCUCAAUUGAUGUUUACUAUUCUCUGCAUUUUCCCAAAUUUGAAAUAACUUUACACUUCAAAUUAUUUGAUACCUGCUUAUAAAAUCUUUAAAAAUCUACAUAUUUGGGGAGGAAAUAAUGCCAUUUUCUCUUUAUUUGUGCAUAAUAGUAAUUUCAUCCCAAGUCAUAUUUUAUUUAUGCAUUAAUUUCACAGAAUAUUAAUGUUUUAAACUUUUUAAAGCAUGCUAGUGUUUUAUGUUGUAUACAGUUCAUUCAGACAGGGUAAUUUUUACUGCUGCCUAAUAUUAUACUAAAAUAUUGCUUUAUUUUUUAAUUACAAAAUGCUGUUUUCUUAAAUGACAGUUCAAGAUAAUGGACCCAGAAAGUAAAUUCUCUAGCUAUAGUACAAACCAUUGUAUAUAAUCUUUCAAAUAGAAGUAAGCCAAGAUGACAUUAACAAACUAUGCUUUGUCUUUAACAAAAGGGAAACAUCUUAAAAAAUAUAUUGAUGGUAUAAUCUAUUCGGCUAUGUCCUUAUUUUGCAAUAAUGUAACCCCAAUUAUUGGAUUGUUGAACUAACAAUGGCUGUUAAAGAAGAUUAAAUAAACCAAGAGAUAAA